AUGCUCAGUCGCAGGCUCUUGAGCUCAAGCCUCCGAUCGCGCCCCCGCCAACUGCUGCUGCUCUCGACCGUGACCCCGGCCCUGGCUUUGAGCUACUAUUACGCCACCCGCCACCCUUCCACCACCUCAUCGUUCACCAAACUGGGUAACGCAUUCAGCACCUCGAGCAGGAUGGCCAAGGAUCAACCCACGCCAGAGUCCUACCCCAAGGCAGGCACCGGAACUCACUCGAUCCCCGCGCCUGACGCUCUGAAGCGAGCUGACGCGGAGUUGACGCGGUCUCGCUCGUGGUGGGGCGCUCUCUCUCUGACCAAUAGGGCAAGUCCGAUGCGGAGUGGCAGGCACAGCUCAGCUCGGAGCAGUUCCGGGUAAGUGCACCAUCCACCCUCGGUUCAUGGCUUCAUUGCCAGAGUAUGAAAACUCCCGUUCUCACCCUGCGCUGGACACCAACAGAUUCUUCGCAAAAAGGGCACCGAGAUGGCCGGCUCGGGCGAGUUGGACAAGCAUUUCGCCGACAAGGGUGUAUAUGAGUGUGCCGGCUGUGGCACUCCUCUGUGUGAGCUCGCGCGUGGGACCACGUGUACAUCACCCGUUCGCUCACCUCCUGCGCGUUCCUUUGCCAGACACCGCCGAUACCAAGUUCAAGUCGGGUUGUGGAUGGCCCGCGUUUUUCGACGUCAGUAGUCAAGAUCAUUCUCCUCCGACCAACGUUCACCCCACAUGACUGACGAGGGUCUUACUCUCUCCACGAUCUGAUCACUUACAAACAGGCCAUUCCGGGUGCCGUGACCCGAUUCACCGACAAGUCUUGGGGGAUGGAACGCACCGAGAUCGUAUGCUCCAGCUGUGGUGGUCACCUCGGUCAUAUUUUCGUACGUCCACCACCUCUCCGCCACCUCCUUUGCACGCUCAAGCCGACAGUCAUGCUCGGGGAAACUGACUGACUCGCGUGAUCUCGUACCACUAUCUGUUACCUUACCUGCAGAAAGGAGAAGGGUUCAACACCCCCACCGACGAGCGUGCCUGCGUCAAGUAAGUCGUGCGGGCGACUCUGGACGUGUUGAACGGGCCGAACCUGCAGCACUGACCCUCGACGAGAUCCCUUCAGCUCCGUAUCGAUCCGCUUCAACGACAAGAUCGAAGGCACAUACAAGGACCCGCCCAAGAUUUAA